AUGGAUUCCAGGCUGCUGUCAGAGAUGCAUUUCUGUAAAAAGAUCUUCACUGCAGCCUUGUGUGUCUUAGUGCUGCUGCCGGAUUCAGGCUGUGCAAGGACUCUCUGGAAGCGUGCUCUACAUCUGAAAAUGACGGAGAAAUACGAUGAUUAUGAGUACCCUCUUCAUUCUCACAGUUCCCACUACCAGAAGAACGACCGCUGCCCCCCGCCCCCCCAGACUCUGCCCGAGCGAGCCUGCGAGGUGCCCAGCUGCCGCUCGGACUCCGAGUGCGAAAGGCACAAGCGCUGCUGCUACAACGGCUGCAUCUAUGCCUGCCUGGAGUCUGUGCAGCCACCACCAGUUUUAGACUGGUUGGUUCAGCCCAAACCCCGCUGGCUGGGAGGAAAUGGGUGGCUUUUGGAUGGCCCAGAGGAAGUCUUACAAGCUGAAGCCUGCAGUACCACUGAGGAUGGAGAUGAGCCUCUGCAUUGCCCCACAGGCUAUGAAUGCCACAUCAUCAACCCAGGGAACACAGCUGAAGGAAUCCCCAACCGAGGCCAGUGCAUCAAGCUCCGUGGAAAUCCAGAUGGACGUAACCUGAGGCAUAAGUAUUACAAGGACUAUUUUGGGAGCAAUUCCAACAAUGUGGUUGGCUAUGUGAAAAACCAGCAGAAGCAUUUAGGCUAA